AUGGCAUCGGCUGCUGAGCAACAACAAACGACACUGGAGUUCUACCAGGCGAUGGCUGACUUUAAAAAUAUGUUCCCGCAGAUGGAUGACGAUGUUAUUGAAGCUGUGCUGAGGUCGAAUCAAGGUGCAGUGGACACGACUAUCGAUCAGCUGCUGGCCAUGAGCACUGACAAUGAAAAUGAGAAGAUAAGGAGCGAGAUGGAACAAAGUGACAACUCUGGUGAUUCUUCUCCAAAAGCACUGAUAAGCCACCAAGAAGUCCUGGUGGCUGUACAGAAUCCCAGUGAUGGUAAGCAGUCUAAAAGUAUGAAAAGUAUGAAAUGGCAGCCUCCGUUGCUCGGGCCGCUUCCUGAUUCCUUUCUCAGGAUUCCGCAGCAAAUGGAAGACGCGCAUGAUUCUGUUGUUCAGGAGAAUUCGCUGCUGGAGGAUGAGAGGAUUGCUAUGUUUUUACAGAAUGAAGAGUUUAUGACUGAGCUCAGAUGGAAUGAGGAUUUUUUAAACACUCUAGAGCACGACUCCAAGUUACACGGUAGUGAAAAGUGCAGCGGGAAUGACGAAGAUUUAUUCAGAGAACGUUUAAAAAACAUGGGCAAAGUAUCUCGACGUAAAUUUGCUCAACUGACAAAAGUAUUUACUCGCACUAAAAAGCGCGGCGGCCGGCAAUUGUUACCACCAACGGCAUCCUGCGAUGAUCUUCUGGACCCAGAGGACUCAAGAUCUCAAAGUUAA